AUAGAGUUCUUUGAGAAAUACGGCUGGCUACCAGCGCCUCUCCCUUCCGGUCGAGUACGUCGGGUCCGGGGCGCUGCCCUUCGACGGCUGGCGCUGGUCAAGCCUGGAGUUCGGCCUGCUCUGCAGAGAUACGUGGCUCACGCUCGCAAGGUCUUCAAGGCGGAUAGCGCACGCAUCUUCACGCCGUGUCCUGAAGAUGAUAGCAUGCUCCUCUGUGUCAGCGAUAGUGCUCACACCGGAAAGGGCGGCGUAUGCGAUCCGGAAGGGAAGCAGUCUCACCUGCUGCAGCCUUGGUCUCAGACCAUCUGCAGUCAUGCCAUGCUUACAAACGACCACAAAGUGAUGAUAGUGCGGGACCUGAAAGACGACUGGAGAUUCGCCUCUAAUCCCCACUAUCACACGCGGGAUGGCGGGCCUCUGCGUUUCUAUGCUUGCGCUCCGCUACUUGUUGCAGCACCUGGAAGCCCAGACGGCGCCAAAGUUGAAAUAGGGCGCUUGGCGAUAGUAGAUCUACAACCGAGACCGGAUUUUGGAGAAGAGGACGCGCAGCUACUGGCAGAGAUUGCCGCUAUGGCGUGCGAAGCACUCGAAUCUGAGCACCGAGAACGUCUUGCGCAACGCUCGAACAUGAUGCAAGAAGCAAUCACCCGGCUCGCCGAUCAUGUCUGGAAGACGCCGUACUCGGCUUUGCAGGAUCUGAGCUCUACCACGGCCCCACACAAACAGAUCUGUCAAGUUGGCGUCGACGCCAUCAGUGAAGUGAUGCCGGCCUCUGCAGCGAUUAUCGACGUCACAGCCUAUCGGGUAUCAGCCUUGAGGACAGAGGGAAGCUCGUCCAGAGGGAGUUCGAUGACUCCAGGCACGCCAGGCAGGGGCGCUUCUGUCUCCAAGGGCUCAAGGCCAGCACUGACAGGUGGACUUUCGCGCGCAAGUAGCAUUCGAUCACCCAAUUCAGCUUACCCUCAAGCGCCGUGGCUCGAUGCCGCAUCGCCGCGCUCGAGCAUUUCUCAGCUCUCUGGAUUCGCAAGUACUCCCUCUGCCGCGUCCUCGGCAUCCUCUCCAGCACUGUGGACAACGCCCAGGUCAAACAAAUCGUCGCCUACGCACAGCAGAUCAGGUUCGAGGAACACGGCCCUGCCCCCAUUCGAGGGCGCUGCCGAUGAGUACAUUGCUCAAAUUGAUCCCGCCUCUCGCCUGGACAUCUUUGCCCAGAGCGGAUGUCUGCCGCCCCCGCGAGUCACUGGCGCAGAAGCUCGUCAGGACAUCGGCGACGUCCUGAUCGAGACGAGAAGAACGUUAGAACGAGGUGCCGGUACCAUCGUCAAUACGCUGUGCGGGCCUUUCCUCACGAUGAACAGAUUUGCUUCAUCUUCUGAUAACACGCCGUCGGAGGGCAAUGUUUCUGCCGACGACAGCCAAUCCCGGAUGUCUGGUUUCAGGAGUCCACUUGCUUCACUCUUCGACGGACAGGAUGAGACUGCUAUGUAUCUCGUCCUGCCUAUUUGCCAAGACAGCACUCCCCCUCAGGUGACCUUCCUUCUCGUAGUGUCCUUUGCCGACAUCGUACCUAUCGACGAGCCAGAAGUGACUUUCCUGAACCAUCUAGCACGCAUCAUCAUUGGGUCAUUGAUCCGUCAGAAGGGCUAUCUGGCCGAGCAUAGACAGCUGGAAUUCGUUCGUUCCCUUCAGCACGAACUCUUCACGCCACUUUACGGAGUCUUGGGUGCCUCUGAGCUGCUGUUGACAAGCUUAUCAAACGGUGGCAAGGAGCUCGAUACGAGCCCUGACGGGGCGCUAGCAAGGGUUCUGGAGACCAUCCGGCUUUCAGCUGGCAACCUCAGCAGCAUCCUCGAUGACGUCUUGGACUUUGGUGAACUCUCUGGCGUGAGGUCCGCCAAGUCACUGUCACGACUUGAUGUCGUGAGCCUCGGCACACUGGUCGAAGAAGUUGGUCAAGAGGAAGUUGAAAUUGCUGCGCUUGGUCUACGACAUGCCGCAGGUCUUUCAGGAGAUUCAAUCGUAGCGCGCCCUCCAGAUUUCAUUAUCAGCGUUCAUCCAUCCCUUUCUGGUCUCUUCAAGGCGGAUCGAGUCGCCAUGCGCAAGAUCUUUCGAAAGUUGCUUCACAAUUGCUUUCGCUUCACACGACGCUCGACUGCUAAUGCCGGGCUGGUUGAGAUCGUGGUCAGACCAAUAACCUGCUCCGAGCCAGCCACGAUGCAGAAUCACGAAACGGAAAUUCCGGUUGCCUUUGACUUCAUUGACACUGGAUGCGGAAUGACCAAGAAGUUCAUCGAAGACGAAUACUUUGUGCCUUUCGUCAAGGGCGAUAGCUUCCAGCAAGGUACCGGAUUGGGAGGAGCCAUUGCAGCCGGACUUUCUCGUCAACUCGCAGGUACUUUUGACGUUGUCUCCGAACCCGACGAGGGCACCAAGGUCACUGUGACUCUUCCUCUCUUGCGAUGCAACGCCUCGGCGAAGGCAGAGCAGGGUGACGACUCUCCAGCAUCCUUUGCGCAGAGCUUGCAUCAAUGCAAAGUCUCUAGAGCCUUCUUGAUGCCGUUCACAGGCUCUGCGGGACAUCCAAAGACCCGAAGUCUGAUUGAACAGCAUCUCGUCAGGCGGGGCAUUGAAAUCGUUGAAGAUCCAGCCGCGGGCCACAUUGAUCUUCUCGUAGUACCAGAAACGACACUCGUCUGUCCCGAUGGCGCUUGCAAGACUCACCUACCUCAUCUUCCUGGCAGUCGCGUUGUAGUUGUCUGUGCGGAUCCAACGCAACGCUCAGUCAACUUCCCCGCUCUGAAGUCACUACCUUUCCACCUGUUCAGGUCUCCCUUUGGCCAGGCUGCCUUCGCUUCGCUCGACUCUUUCUUGGCAGAGAGCCAUCCUGUCGCGCUGCGCACACCGCCAGCGAGCUCCCAUCAACUACCUCUCGACACAUCUCCUGCGCCGAGUGUUCCAGAGCGGCCAGAGACUGUUCCUGCGCCGGCAGCUACUGUUCCAGGUCCCGUCCUAGCGGGUUCGAAGGCUCACAACAGGCACGCAACAUCUACUAGCGGCCGAGCACUGACAGGUAAAGCAGGCAAGCCUGCGCCUACCCCCGUUGCCGGUGGCUUCAAGGUCCUAGCCGUCGAAGACAAUCCGACCAAUCUCCGCAUCCUGACCUUUGUCUUGGAGCGGGCCGGCCUAGAAUACUACACGGCAGUCGAUGGCGGACAAGCCAUCGAGCAAUUCAAGAAGCACCAGCCACAUCUAGUCCUCUUGGACAUCUCUCUCCCCAUCCAAGACGGCUUUGCCUGCUGUCAGCAAAUGCGUCAGAUCGAAGUUGGAUGGAGCCAUCGCCCUCGCAUAUUUGCCGUCACUGCCCUGAGCUCAAAGGAGGAUCAAGAGCGAGGCAGAGAAGUCGGGUGUGAUGCCUGGUAUCACAAGCCCAUCUCUCCCAGAAUUCUGACCGGCCUCUUGAAGGGCACCCAAGCUGAAUGGAAAGCAGAGCAGAAGGAAGCUUCGCAGCUUGGGUCGCAGGAUGGCACUGCCGAGGCAGUCGUACAAGGGUGAGGAUGUAGGGCUCCACCUAAGACAUGGUCUGAGCUCCCGCCACUACCCUCGUCAGGUUCAUCGUUGUCCCUGCUACAAGAAGUAUAUCUGCGAUUGUGCUUCUCUUUACUUUACACUCUCAUUCGCUUGGCUCUCC